AUGGCCCAGGACCUUGUACGGGACAACAGAAAUGUUUUGGCUGUGGACAAAUUCCCUCCUUUUCGAUCUUCACGCAGGCAUGGGGUCCCUGGAGAACGGCUCCGACGAGCCCCUCACACCAGCGGGGCGCCUCUUCCUCCAGAAGGAGAUGAACCAGGUGAUCUACUGUGUCAUCAGCAUGAAGCAACCCCUCAACGUCAACGCCCUCAAGUCGGCGAUCCAGAGCUGCCCCAUGUUUACGCACCCCAGGUUCUGCAGCCUCAUGGUGCAGGACUCCGCAGCCGAAAGCACUGGAGGAGGACCCACGCGGACAUUGACCGCCAUGUCGUCCCAGUCCACGGCCCCAUCGCCGAAGGCCUCUCUGACGAGGCGGCCGUCAAUGAGUACCUCGCUGACCUGUCCACCAACUCACCGGGGCUCCUAGGCGACGACAAUCCCCUGUGGUUUACGUUGGUCUUUGUAGUGGAGAUCAUGCUGCGGAGCAUGUGGGCGAGCGACCGGAAGAAAUCCCAGCCAAGAGAGUCGUGCAAACUCGGGCGAGCACUCGCGGGGGCUCAUUCGAACAAUCCCGGCCAGCCCAGCCCUCGGAAUCGCCAAAAACGCUUGCUGAGAAUUUCCGGAAUCUCCGUGCGGGAAGGGACUCGAAUAACGGGAGUGGCGGUUGUUAACUUGCGAGAACAACAGGGAUUGCAGGCGGGUCUCACUGCUGUUCCUCGUUCCUCUUUUCUUUCAUGAUCUCACUUCCUUUUUCGCCUUUUAACUGAAGUUGACUGAAUCAAGUGUGAUGUGGUA